UGGGUAUUGUACCCCUAAAACUGUAGGAGGAGUAGCGUUUAGAAAAUGGCGUUAACAAAAUAAAUAGAGAGUCAGACUGGGAUUUUGUGUUUUCCCUUGAUGCAGCAGUUAUCUAUGCUCCCCCCCAUUCCUGUACAAUAGUGCACACACAUAGACUCAAAGAUUUCUAAAAGGAUGACAAAUUAACCCUUCUGUUUCAAAGAAAAUGAUUAUAAUAUAAUUUUAUUUUCCAUGCUUUUCAAAACUUUUAUUCAUUAGUAAUGAUAUUGUGAAACAAUUGAUAACUUAUCAAUAAAAUGCUGCUAAUCUGGCCCAUUUAGCAUUUAAAAAGUUGCAUGGCUGAUGGCCAGUGUAAAAUAGUAAGCAUCAGUUAUUAUAACAUCACAUAGCAUGACUUCUUUUGGGGUAAAGGUCAGUCACUGUGACAUCAUAAUGGCAUAGUGAUGUUUUCUUAAGUGUAAAGGUCAGGCAUUGUGACAUCACAAGACAGUUAAGAGAAUACAGAUAAGCGUUCUGCUGUCUUGUAGCUAAUCAUUUCAUUGCUGACAAGACCAGCAAGCAACAUCUAUUUAUAUUAUCAUGAUAUUUUUAUCAAAAACCUUUUUAUUUUGCAUUUUACUUUAUUUACUUACAGUAAAUGUUCUCCCAGCUUCAUCAUGUUUAAGCUGUGAACCAAGUACAAAGGAAAUAGAGAAUAAGUUCCUAUAUUUUGCUGAAGAUUUGUACUGGAGAAAGAGAGAGAAUUUUUAUGCUAUUAGGAAUUUUAUUCAAGAGUUUGCUGAUUUGGUAAAAACCCGGUACCAGCAGAAGACAAUUGACAGAUUCGGGAUGGAAAUGCUUUUUUCAGAAUAUAAGAGGAAGUUGACCAAGAUACAAAAUAAGCUGGAAAAGGAGUUUAAUGAUGACAAGACAGCUUUAAAUAUAGUCGAAGACCUCACUCCCAGUUUCAAAGAGCUAGCACAAUCAGUGGAAGAGAUUUUUACUAGUUUCGAAGAUCGCAAAUGCCCUAAUAAGAAAGAGGACAAUUGUGGAAUCUUACUGGACAAAGUGACAAACUGUGACACAUGUAAAGAGGAACUUAUGGUGUGUGCUGGAGGCUCAGACACACAUUGUAUUGAUUUGAUAAAUAAAUGUCCAUUGUGUCACUGCAAUAAAGGAAAAUGUUCUGAUCUAAGGACUAAAGAACCCUGCACACCUUGUGAAGGAUACUCAAACUGUGUUCAAAAAAUACUGCCAUGUGAAACUCGAGAAAUUCAAGUUGAAGAGGAGGCAGACCUGAAUUUUGAUUGCAGUGUAGCAUUUCAUCAUGAAAUCCAUGAUGAAAUGGAAUACAUACUUGAAAAGAAACAACAUUCGACAGUGAUUCCUAUACAGACUUUCUCCCAGCCGAACUAUGUUAAAUAUUUAGCUGACUUCAAGGAUGUUGGGGAUUAUUCUUGCACUGCAAGAUCAAGGAUAACAAGGUUCCCAAUCAGCAAAGUGGAUUUUAAAGUAGAAGGUACAUAUGGUAUACAGUGUUUAUGUGGGAAAUAGAUCAAUUUGUAUAUAUAAUUAGUGAACAGUAAAAAUCUACAUUUGCCACUAUAAAGAAUUGCAUGUUUACAUUGUCUUCAUUAAUGUUGUUCUGUUUUUCUUUUAUAGUGGUAAAUACCACUAGACCCACAGAAGCCAGCCGAGAGACGUUGCCACCAUAUGAACCCCCUGCUCCAGAUAGAGACUUGACAUUAUAUAUAGCAGUGGCUGUUCUUAUUAUUUGCACUCUCCUGGUGAUAGCUCUAAUAGUCUGCUUGAUUUUUUAUAUCAGAUGGGAUAGCAAAACCUUCAUGGAUUAUGAUGUGGAACAGCAGAAAAAUGCACAGGCAGACAUGUUAAGAAUGACAGGGUUACAUGUACUGAAGACAGAGAAGAUUCCUACAGAAGAUACUUUUUCACCAUCAGUUCUGAGGCAGAAUUUAGAGAUGGUAGCAGAGAAAUGAGAAUGGUACAGUACCGCAGCAGAAAGUUCCGGGGCCCCAAAAGGGCGUCGGUGAAGACCGGUGUAAGUCAGGCUCUCAGCUAGACUUAAGGGUGGCUCCUUUGCAGUCUGCAGGCUUCUAUAAUUACAGUUAUAGGAGUUGGAAUUGAAGAUAAAUUUAUAAUCUGGGCAGCAGACUGUUCUUGCCAAACUGUUGACAGGACUGUCCUAGAAAGGGUGGGUUUUGGGUGGAUCAUGGGCAGUAUGGCCAUAAAUUUAUGUAUACGCGUUGAACUUUUAUACUCUGUUCAAUAAAAUUUAGCUUUAACUGUAAA